AUGAGGUCAAACAAAGGUGAAAAGGCUAAUUACUUUGGACCAGGAGAAUUAGGCAAACCAGUUAAACUUGACAAAGAUGAUUUGGGUCUCUCCGACCUCAAAAGAUUGAAAGAAGGAUUCGAAAAGCAUGGAUUUAAUGAGCUUGCCUCGGACCUUAUAUCCUCCCACCGCAGAAUUGGUCCCAUCAAUAUAGAUCCUAGAUGUGCAAAUAAUAUCUACGACAACCUGUCACCAGCCAGUAUAGUUAUUCCAGUCAGGGAUGAGUCUUGGAAAAUUCUAUUGAGAACACUUCAUAGCAUUCUGUCCAGAACACCCUUAAAUCUUUUACAAGAAAUUAUACUUGUGGACGACAAUUCCAAAAUGGAUUACAUGAAAGGCAGACUAGACUGGUAUAUUUCCCAUCUACAAAAAGUAAAAAUAAUUCGCCUUGAAGAAAAGAAAGGAAGAAGUCUCAUGGUGGCAAGACAAGAAGGGAUAGAUAAAGCUGUAUCAGAUAUUGUCAUAGUCAUAGACUCGCAUACAGAAGUAACCGAAGGAUGGAUUGAACCAUUAAUUCAAAGAAUCAGAGAAAAACCUAAUUUUCUAGUAGCUCCCAUUGUUGAUCAGAUAUUUCCUGAAACUUUAGAGUAUGACUACAAGAAACCCAAACCUAGAGCUAUGUCAUUUGACUUUCAUUUGGAACAGGACUGGAUAUCAUACAAACAGGAAUACCUUGAGUCUAUUUCAUGGUCCAAACCUUAUAGAACAACAGGAAUCCAAGGCAAUGCACUGGUAUUCAACAAGACGUUUUUCAAUAAACUUGGUGGACUAGACACCGGUAUGAAGGUCUGGGGAGGAGAACAACAGGAACUCAUGUUUAAGAGGAAAUCCGGCGAUGUAUCCAGCAGGAAACGAAUAAGAGAAGAAAACAAAUGUAAACCAUUCCAAUAUGUCCUAGAUAGAAUAACACAGAUGAUAGAUUUAUAUAUACCAGUUAAUUUACAAGCUUCAGGAGCAAUUGUACAUUCAGAAACAAAGCUUUGUUUAUCUUACUGGGGAGAGGAACCAUUUGUAGAGAAAUGUCAUGGACAUGGAUAUUUACAGGUAUCUAUAACAACCUAUGUAGAAAAUGUGAAAUGUGUGAAUAUUCAUGUAUAUAAAUAA